GGUGUUGUUCCAGAAUACCAAUGUGCCAUUAAAAGGGAAACAAAGAGAAAUAAAGAUAAAGACAAGCCAAAUAGUACAACAAGGGAUAGUGGCUCCGAUAAGGACGAAAAGCCCAUUGGAAGUCCCUUGGUGGCCCCUCUAAAUAAGACACUCAGUAAAGCCCAAGAAGAAUUAAUUAGCAAACUAGUAGUGUUCCAAGAAGAGUAUGAAUCACCCUCUGAAGAAGACUUUAAGAAAAUAACAGCCUUUCCUUUGGGUGAUAGUGAAGAAGAUAGUAUGAAAAGAUUCCAACACAUCACCGAAAUUACCAUCUUGACCGUCCAACUCAUCGUCGAAUUUUCCAAGAGAGUUCCUGGUUUCGACACACUUUCUCGAGAAGACCAAAUCACGUUACUAAAAGUAAGCAUUCCAUAGGUGACUCUGAUUUGA